AUGAGCAAUAGAACCCUCAACCCGCCUCGCCCGGGCUCCGCUGUGGAUCAAGAACUUGUGGUGACGUCCACUUUCGGGACUUUGCUCUCCGUGGUUUACGUUAUCGGGGUUUCUGGGAAUAUUUACACAUUAGUUGUCAUGUGUCACUCGAUCCGUUUCGCCACUUCGAUGUACAUUUCCAUAAUAAACCUCGCUCUGGCUGAUCUCCUUUACCUAUCCACCAUCCCCUUCAUCGUUUCCACGUACUUUCUGAAAGAUUGGUACUUUGGGGACGUUGGUUGCCGCAUCCUCCUGAGCUUGGACUUGCUCACCAUGCACGCCAGCAUCUUUACGCUCACGGUGAUGUGCACGGAGCGCUACCUGGCCGUGACCAAGCCGCUGGACACGGUGAGGCGCUCCAAAAGUUACCGUAAAGCUUUGGCGUGGGGGGUUUGGAUCCUGUCCGUGCUCCUGACCGUGCCGAUGAUGGUGAUGGUGACGCAGACCACGCAGAAGGCGCCCAACGGAGGCAUGAAGCGAAUGUGCGCACCGACAUGGGCGCCUCUCGCUUACAAAGUCUACCUAACUGUACUUUUUGGCACGAGUAUCAUGGCACCGGGAUUUAUCAUCGGGUAUCUGUACAUAAGGCUCGCCAGGACGUAUUUGGAGUCGCAGCGAAAUGUCGUUAUAAGCAAAGGGAGCAAGCGUUCGCCCAAACAGAAAGUUCUGAUUAUGAUUUUCACCAUAGUUUUGGUUUUCUGGGCGUGUUUUUUGCCUUUUUGGAUUUGGCAGCUGCUCCCUCUGUACCACAGCAAGCCCCUGAGCCUGCCCUCUCAGACGCAUACGUGCAUUAACUACCUGGUGGCGAGUCUGACCUACUCCAACUCCUGCAUCAAUCCGUUCCUUUACACGCUGCUGACGAAAAACUACCGGGAGUAUCUCAAGAACCGGCACAGGAGCUUCUACCGGUACACGUCGUCUUUCAAGCAGCGGCCGCCCAGUCUGUACUCUUGGGGCAAAUCUGCGUCGUCCAGCAACCAGUACGACUUCAACUCUGAGACGCUGGUGAUGGGCACGCUCCGGUGAACAGCGCAGAGGACAGAG